AUGACCGCCACCGAGUUUGCAACGCUCAAACUUGUCUACCCCCACGUCUGGGGCUCGCCAGAGAUCCAAGCGUUCUUCGCGACGCUCUCGACCCAGCAGGGAGCUUGGUCUGGCUACCCCCUCCGCUUCUUCGAGGACACUACCGAUCCGCGACUCAUAUACCUCAUCACGGGAUGGGAAGGCGUGACAGCCCAUUACGAGUGGAUCAGAAGCGAGCAGAACCAGCAGCUGCUUGAACGCUCGAAGGGCCUGCUUGAGGUGGAGGGAGUGGCGCAUGCGGAGCUGGAU